UUAUGGUGACGUCAGUUUAUGAAAAGCCAGAUGAGACCACUGCCAAGAAGUGCUUGCUCACCUCUCCUUCAACGGCAGGGGAAUCUCCCUUUCCUUUUCUGGGUGAAGCGCAGAAAGGAUUCAGAAAUGAAGCUCUAUCCCUCUCACCAACCCCAGCCCACACCUCCCAGCAAUUGAACUUGAAAAAAACCCUGGUCUGAAAAAUUACCACAAACUAUGUUGUCAUCAAAAAACCACUUCCUAUACUUGAGGCCAAAGAAGAGAGUGGCAGGCACGAUUUCCUGGCUGAGCAAACCAUUCUAAUACUUAAAGAGAGCAACACUUGACUGUUAUAGAGACUGGAUGGACCGGCAAGGGUGACAACCUGAAUGGAUUGAUCCUCUCUUCCCCACCCUUCCGGCACAAUGGAAAGAAGAGGCUGACAGGCAAAUCCAGCAUUCUGUAGAAAAAACAUCUUUUCUUCACUGCUCCCAAAUAGGCAGCCAGUCCCAGGUCCCAGGAAGAUGAAGCCAAGCUUGCUGGUGUGCGGAUUAUUGACAUUCACCAUGGUAACUGGCUACGUGGCAGAGUUUUGUUACGAUGGUCCACCAGAGAUCAGAUAUGCCACUUUCAAAGCCCACACAUACAAGAAUGGCACCAUACUCAACUGUGAAUGCAAGAAAGGUUUUCGCAGAAUAAGAAAUGGAUCACCGUAUAUUCUUUGUACAGGAAAUUCUAGUCAUGUUUCCUGGGAAAACAAAUGUCAAUGCAUGAGUAAUUCCCCUUGGUACACAGAGAAACAAGUUACAUCUAAACCUGAACAAGAAGAGGAAAGAAAAAGCUCGGAAAUGCAAAGUCAGAUGCAGCUCCUGGACCAAGUAAAGCUUCUAGGUCACUGCAGGGAGCCUCCACCAUGGGAACAUGAAGCUAUGGAGAGAAAGUAUCAUUUUGUGGUGGGGCAGACAGUUCAAUACCAGUGCAUGAAGGGAUACAGGGCCCAAAGGAGAGGCCGUGCCGAAAGCACCUGCAGAGUGAUCUGUGGGGAAACGAGGUGGACACAGCCCCGGCUCACGUGCACAAAUGAAGUGAUUCCAGGUAAAGAAGAGGCUGAAUCAAGCACUGACACUCUUCCUGAGAGUGAAGCUUCCUGUCCCUCAAUAACAACAGUUUCUCAAAAAUAUACAGAAGCAGUUACAACCACAGAGACGUUUAUAUUUACUACAGAGUAUCAGAUUGCAGUGGCCAGCUGUGUUUUCCUGCUGAUCAGUAUCCUGCUUCUCAGUGUGUUCACCUGGCAACGAAAAUGGGGGAAGAGUAGAAGAACAAUCUAGAAAACCAAGAGUGGUGAGAAGCCAAGAACAGCCGAUAGAAGUCAUGGAGCACAAGACAAAAUCAAAGAACUUAAACACUCAUCCAAGAAGCACUUCUUGCUAUCCCUUGGGUUUUGGAAAGCUCUGAAAUUGUAUCACAGAACAACAGGCAGCUGCAACCCCAUCUCUAAGUCAGCUCUGUAGUGUCAAUGAGUGAGAUCUACCUGCUUCCAAUGCCAAGGCCAUUGAAGGAAAAGAGAAGAACAAACACAACUCUCUGUGUUAUUUUCGUGUAUAUGUAAUGUGUUCAUAAAAGCAUAAAUGGCAUGGAACCCUCUCCACACUAUACAGAGAAUAAAAGAAGUAGCUUUAUGUUAAUUUCAUCACCACUUCUGCCCCAGGUAAAGCCCUUGCACUAAUGUAAAUAGACACACACACUUCCUAUUCUAUGUAAGUGGACCUUGUCCCUUGUUCCAUAAGAAUCCUUCUCCAGCCUCUGGUGGGCCAGCCCAUUCCUCUGAUCACGUUCCUAAUGAAUGUCCUUUAAGAACGCUGGACUAGUGACUAUGAAUCUUUUUGUCCUGAGUUCAAUCCUCUAAACUAGCCCUCUUCUAUUGAACUUUUAAUUUAGAAUUUUUAAAAUACAAUAACCAUGGAAAAUGAUCUUUGGGCAGCCCUUAACACAGGGCAGGCAAGCCCUUGGAACUGUAGAUCUUCAACAUUUGAAAGGGUUUUCCUAGAGUUAAUGCUGGGAACAAAAGGAUAAAUCAACUAUCAGGCAAUGAAUUAUACAUAAAAUGUCUUUACCUGUACAUUCCUGAUACAUUGAAUUUGGGCUGCACUAAUGUGAGGCUUACAGAUAGACACGUGAUGUGCACAUGUGUACAUUUCCAGAUAAGUGUCAUAAAAACACCGAAAAGACAUCAAUGCAUUCAAUGUUUGUGGAAGGAAAGAAAGAGGGUGGAAGUGACGUGGGACAGAGGAGGGAGAUCAUUCUGACAGAACGUAACUAUGGAAAAUGUCAUAAAAACGGUUCUCAAACAUUAGCAAAAAAGUUAGCAAAUCAGAACCACCUGGAGGGCUUGUUAAAACACACUGCUGGGCCCAUCCACAAAGCAUUUGAAUCUGUAGGUCUGGUAGGGAGCCUGAGAACUUGCAUUUCUAAUGCAUUCCCAGGUGAUGCUGACGCAGCUGGUCUGAGACCACACUUUGAGAACCACUGGAUUAUACCUUCUCCACCCACAUCCUCAACUUUCUACUGAACACCUUCAGUUCCAGGUGUUUAUUCGGUCUCUUGCAAAAAAGAUUUCUCUUCCCAAAUAAGUUAACUCAGAUGUUCUACUUUCAUAAAAUCACUUGAUUAAGGGGAUUAAUACAGGGUCCAGAUCCAGACUAAAGAACCAUUUGCUCUCUUUUCUGUGACCAACCAAGUUCAGUCUAGACUGUCUUGUCCACACCCCUUGCACCCAUCCAAAUAUAUGCUUUCUGGGUAAACUACAGUUAAAAGGAAUCUCAGACCAGACAUAAAUUUUAAAAACAAAUCUUACUUGAACAAAAUUGAAUUGAAUUGAAUUAUCAUUACUAUUUUGGGGGAAAGGGGGCCUGUGAGAUCAAAAUUAUUGUCAUAAUAAUAUUAAGACGUUAUUUACCUUUUUCACUUUCUCUGUGUACUGUGGAGCUUUCCAGGGGCUACAUGAUAAGUGAUGAUGCCAUUGCUCUGGUGUUAACAUAUAGUGAGUUUACUUACUGUUAUUUUUAAAGAAUUAAUAAAUAAUAUUUUUUAAAUUUCUGUUUUAAUUUCUAAAUGUUGUAAGUAUCAUUACAUAUAACUCAUAGAAGCAAAAGCCUCAAAAAUAGGUUCAAACAUAUCAAAGAUCAUGAAGAUGA